AUGACAAGACCUACGAUUUGGAGGGCAGAUUCGCGGAUUUUAACUCGAGAUCGUUUACUGCGAGAGGGUUGGACAGAGUCAACCGAAGGAGCCAACUCAGAAUCACAAUCCAGCUAUAGCAUUGCUCUGCCACCGUUCACAACUGAUUUCUCCUCAUUCAAUAUAUCAAAUUCCAAUGAAUCCGGUGAUGAAACAAUAACGAGAUCUCGAAGGAGUCGUAAAAGGUCAGGUCAAAGCAGUAGUUCUGUUUCGAAUCAUCAAAAACGAUAUGGAUGCGGCGAAGUUUUCUUUUUGAUCCUUAAAUGUAUCGGAACAUCGUGCUAUGUGUUUUGUCCUCCAAUCCCUGAAUUGAUCACUCGAAAACUAGCGUUUCAUCCACCACAACGAGGACUCAGCUAUGUGAUUGAGGUUCACGAUGAAAAUAACACUUGCAUUGAAUUAAAAUAUGCUUCAAAGGCCAGAAAAUUCGAAUGUGCUCGAAUAAGACCACGGAAUUUGCUGGCGAUAAAGCGGCGACGGGUCGAUUUAGAAGGCAUUGAAACUAGGUUCGUUAAAACUGCACGAGGUUCAUGGUUAACAACUUUGCUCAUCAAAAAUCGUAAUCCAAAUCGAAAUUCUCUCACUGAGGAUGUGCCGAAUGUUGGAGUCGGCGCUUGUCCGAGACCUUCGAAGCAAAUUAACGGAAUCUUCAGUGACUCCGUCGGUGAUCUGCUGGAACGAAUGUUUUGGGUCGUCGUUUUCUCGCAACCGAACGGAUCUGAUUUGGGAUGUUAUUUACAAAGUGAAGGACUUAAUCUGAGAUGGCUAUCGGAUGAACUCGAUGUUGAUGUGUAUGCUUAUGAUUAUUCUGGCUUCGGUACGAGUACAGGUCACGCUUCCGAAAAGAAUAUUUACUCUGACAUUGAGGCCGUUUACAAUCAUAUUCUGGUCACUCGUGGUGCAGAUAUUCGUGUAGGUUGCAUAUUCAUCGAGCACAUACUUAUCCUGCGCUCAUCGACUAUAAGUUAA